AUGGAGAAGAGAGAGAGGAAGCCGGGCUACUUUGCCAGGUAAGUGAAAGGUGCUUCUGUGUAUAGCCUCUGUUAGGCCUAUGCCAAAGUGUUUUUAGUGUUGAGGUUUUAGAGGCAGCCUGUGAAGUGGGUUUUAGUGUGUGUUACCAGCAUGGGGCAACUGUUUUGCUUCACUGUUUGCAUAGCGAUUGAGGGAGGACAGGAUUAUGCUGUUUGUUACGGUGCAUUGAGUGACUGUCCACUUGUUCUGUCUGCGUACUCUGACUGACAUUUUGUUAACUGAGUAGUGCUCUGUAGCCAUCUGGCCCUCACUGCACUGGGUACACCUGAUACUGAUGCAAUGGAGUCAUGCGUCAACACUCACGCACAGUAGAGUAGCGGACUGGAUUUCUAUCCCUGUAAGUAGCUGAAGCAUGAGACACCCAGGAGUGGUGAUGGAUGCAUGAGAACCUGGCUCUGUCUACUGGGAUAAGGAGGUUGCUGCUGUGUGAGUACGCAGGCAGACCAGCUAUUCCUCUGCUACCAGGAUAGAGUGAAAGCAAGAGGGGGAUAAAAAGGUAAAGCGCCAAAGAAAAUCUCAACAUUCCGCUCUUGCUAAUGUCCCUGUGUAAAACAGGAGUGUGCUGUGUGGAAUUUCUAAGUGGACUCCUGAAACGUUUACUAGAUCUGUGUAUGUUCUGCUGCUGUGUCCGUAAUGGAGGAGUGGCUAUUGGAAGGCCAGAAAUGUAUCGGUCUGUCUUCUCUCCAAACCUAUUGAUCCAGUGCUCCUCCAUUACACUCUGUAACUCUUGCUGUCUAGCUCUCUCUGUCUAGCUCUCUGCUUCUCAAUUUUCACAUGUCCUUUGCCUGUACAGCAUCUGUUUUCCUUGAAUUUUGAUUUCCCUGCCCCGCUCUCUCCCUCUCUCUCCCAAUUUUUCUAUACUGGGCCUACAUGGCCAGGGCCUUGUUUACAAUCCGUUUCAAUCCGACUCUAGAGCUGCAUGCUGCCAUGUCGGCUUAGUUAACUGCAGCUUCCCCUGUUAAUGAACCCACGCAGGCGGGGGUGGGAGAUGCGAUGACAUCACCGCCUGACCUAUCAAUAAUUAAUCAGGAAAAAGGACAGAGGAUAAGAGGAGCAGAGAAAGGAGAGUGGGGAGAAAGUGAGCAAGCAAAAGACAGCAACGUUUUGAGUUUUUCACAGGAAACUUUAAUUGGUAGUGAAAUCAAAUGUUCAUAAGGUUGAGUGGAAGUAAACAGAUUGACCACCUCUUUCUCCAUAUCCUCAGGUUGAAGAGACGGAGACAGCUCAAGCAGAGCCAAUCAGAGAAGGCUAUGGCUGAGAAGAACCCGUCAGAUUCGUCCUCGAAGACGCCCGUCAUCUCCUGCCCAGACCUCCCUGCUUUUUCUGAACCCCAGGAGAGGAUGAAACCAAACCCACCUGAAGGUUUAGGUAAAACACACACUACACACACAGGACCUUUCUAUAGGCACAGGGACACAUUAACAAAGGGUCAGAAGUACAGUACAUGACCAAAAGUGUGUGGACACCUGCUCGUCGAACAUCUCAUUCCAAAAUCAUGGGCAUUAAUAUGGAGUUGGUCUCCCCUUUGCUGCUAUAAAAGCCUCCACUCUUCUGGGAAGGCUUUCCACUAGAUGUUGGAACAUUGCUGCGGGGACUUGCUUCCAUUCAGCCACGAGCAUAAGUGAGGUCGGGCUCUGAUGUUGGGCGAUUAGGCCUGGCUCUCAGUCUGCGUCCCAAUUCAUCCCAAAGGUGUUCGGUGGGGUUGAGGUCAGGGCUCUGUGCAGGCCAGUCAAGUUCUUCCACACCGAUCUCGACAAACCAUUUCUGUAUGGACCUCGCUUUGUGCACGGGAGCAUUGUCAUGCUGAAACAGGAAAUGGCCUUUCCCAAACUGUUGCCACAAAGCUGGACGCACAGAAUCGUCUAGAAUGUCAUUGUAUGCUGUAGCGUUAAGAUUUCCCUUCACUGGAACUAAGGGGCCUAGCCCGAACCAUGAAAAACAGCCCCAGACCAUUAUUCCUCCACCAAACUUUACAGUUGACACUGCAUUGGGACAGGAAGAGUUCUCCUGGCAUCCGCCAAACCCAGAUCCGUCCGUUGGACUGCCAGAUGGUGAAGCGUGAUUCAUCACUACAGAGAACGCGUUUCCACUGCUCCAGAUUCCAAUGGUGGCGAGCUUUACACCACUCCAGUCGACGCUUGGCAUUACGCAUGGGGAUAUUUGGCUGCUCGGCCAUAGAAACCAAUUUCAUGAAGCUCCCGACGAACAGUUAUUGUGCUGACGUUGCUUCCAGGGGCAGUUUGGAACUCGGUAGUGAGUGUUUCAACUGAGGACGGACGAUUUUUACGCACUUCAGCACUUACAGUUGACCGGGGUAGCUUUAGCAGGGCGGUCAUUUGACAAACUUACUUGUUGGAAAGGUGACAUCCUAUGACAUUGCCACGUUGAAAGUCACUGAGCUCUUCAGUAAGGCCAUUUUAGACACCUGUCAGCAACGGGUGUGGCUGAAAUCCACUAACUUGAAGGGGUGUCCAUAUAAGUUUGUGUAUACUGUACCAGUCAAAAGUUUGGCCACACCUAGUCAUUCCAGGGUUUUUCUUUAUUUUUACUAUUUUAUACAUUGUAGAAUAAUAAUGAAGAAAUCAACUAUGAAAUAUCACAUAUGGAAUCAUGUAGUAACCAAAAAAGUGUUAAACAAAUCAAAAUAUAUUUUAUAUUUGAGAUUCUUCAAAGUAGACACCCUUUGCCUUGUUGACAGCUUUGCACACUCUUAGCAUUCACUCAACCAGCUUCAUGAGGUAGUCACCUGGAAUGCAUUUCAAUUAACCGGUGUGCUUUGUUAAAAGUUAAUUUGUGGAAUUUCUUUCCUCCUUAAUGCAUUUGAGCCAAUCAGUGUGUUGUGGCAAGGUAGGGGUGGUAUACAGAGGAUAGCCCUAUUUGGUAAAAGACCAAGUCCAUAUUAUGGCAAGAGCAGCUCAAAUAAGCAAAGAGAAAUGACAGUCCAUCAUUACUUUAAGACAUGAAGGUCAGUCAAUACAGAACAUUUCAAUAACUUUUAAAGUUUCUUCAAGUGCAGUCGCAAAAACCAUCAAGCGCUAUGAUGAAACUGUCUCUCAUGAGGACCGCCACAGGAAAGGAAGACACAGCAUUACCUCUGCUGCAGAGGAUAAGUUCAGCAUUAAGUGCACCUCGUUGCAGCCCAAAUAAAUGUUUCACAGAGUUCAAGUAACAGACACAUCUCAACAUCAACUUUUCAGAGGAGACUGCGUGAAUCAGGCCUUCAUGGUCGAAUUGCUGCAAAGAAACCACUACUAAAAGGACACCAAUAAGAAGAAGACACCUGCUUGGGCCAAGAAACACGAGCAAUGGACAUUAGACUUAUGGAUAUCUGUCCUUAGGUCUGAUGAGUCCAAAUUUGAGAUUUUUGGUUCCAACCACAGUGUCUUUGUGAGACGCGGAGAUCAUCCGUUCACUGACUCUGCAUGUGUGGUUCCCACAGUGAAGCAUGGAGGAGGAGGUGUGGGGGUGCUUUGCUGGUGACACUGUCUGUGAUUUCUUUAGAAUUCAAGGCCCACUUAACCAGCAUGACUACAACAGCAUUCUGCAGCGAUACUCCAUCCCAUCUGGUUUGCGCUUAGUGGGACUAUCAUUUGUUUUUCAACAGGACAAUGACCUAAAACACACCUCCAGGCUGUGUAAGGGCUAUUUGACCAAGAAGGAGAGUGAUGAGUUGGACCGCACAGUGAAGGAAUAGCAGCCAACAAGUGCUCAGCAUAUGUGGGAACUCCUUCAAGGCUGUUGGAAAAGCAUUCCUCAUGAAGCUGGUUGAGAGAAUGCCAGGAGUGUGCAAAGCUGUCAAAGGGUGGCUACCUUGAACAAUAUAUUUUGAUUUGUUUAACACUUUCUUGGUUACUACAUGAUUCCAUAUGUGUUAUUUCAUAGUUUUGAUGUCUUCACUAUUAUUCUACAAUGUAUAACAUAGUAAAAAUAAAAACCCCUUGAAUGAGUAGGUGUCCAAACUUUUGACUGGUACUGUGUGUAUAUACUGUACAAAAAUCCAGAAAAUCACAUUGUAUGAUUUUUAAGUAGUUAAUUUGCAUUUUAUUGCAUGACAUAAGUAUUUGAUACAUCAGAAAAGCACAACUUAAUAUUUGGUACAGAAACCUUUGUUUGCAAUUACAGAGAUCAUACGUUUCCUGUAGGUCUUGACCAGGUUUGCACACACUGCAGCAGGGAUUUUGGCCCACUCCUCCAUACAGACCUUCUCCAGAUCCUUCAGGUUUUGGGGCUGUCGCUGGGCAAUACGGACUUUCAGCUCCCUCCAAAGAUGUUCUAUUGGGUUCAGGUCUGGAGACUGGCUAGGCCACUCCAGGACCAUGAGAUGCUUCUUACGGAGCCACUCCUUAGUUGCCCUGGCUGUGUGUUUUGGGUCAUUGUCAUGCUGGAAGACCCAGCCACGACCCAUAUUCAAUGCUAUUACUGAGGGAAGGAGGUUGUUGGCCAAGAUCUCGCGAUACAUGGCCCCAUCCAUCCUCCCCUCAAUACGGUGCAGUCGUCCUGUCCCCUUUGCAGAAAAGCAUCCCAAAGAAUGAUGUUUCCACCCCCAUGCUUCACGGUUGGGAUGGUGUUCUUGGGGUUGUACUCAUCCUUCUUCUUCCUCCAAACACGGCGAGUGGAGUUUAGACCAAAAAGCUCUUAUUUUUGUCUCAUCAGACCACAUGACCUUCUCCCAUUCCUCCUCUGGAUCAUCCAGAUGGUCAUUGGCAAACUUCAGACGGGCCUGGACAUGCGCUGGCUUGAGCAGGGGGACCUUGCGUGUGCUGCAGGAUUUUAAUCUAUGACGGCGUAGUGUGUUACUAAUGGUUUUCUUUGAGACUGUGGUCCCAGCUCUCUUCAGGUCAUUGACCAGGUCCUGCCGUGUAGUUCUGGGCUGAUCCCUCACCUUCCUCAUGAUCAUUGAUUCCCCACGAGGUGAAAUCUUGCAUGGAGCCCCAGACCGAGGGUGAUUGACCGUCAUCUUGAACUUCUUCCAUUUCCUAAUAAUUGUGCCAACAGUUGUUGCCUUCUCACCAAGCUGCUUGCCUAUUGUCCUGUAGCCCAUCCCAGCCUUGUGCAGGUCUACAAUUUUAUCCCUGAUGUCCUUACACAGCUCUCUGGUCUUGGCCAUUGUGGAGAGGUUGGAGUCUGUUUGAUUGAGUGUGUGGACAGGUGUCUUUUAUACAGGUAACGAGUUCAAACAGGUGCAGUUAAUACAGGUAAUGAGUGGAGACCAGGAGGGCUUCUUAAAGAAAAACUAACAGGUCUGUGAGAGCCGGAAUUCUUACUGGUUGGUAGGUGAUCAAAUACUUAUGUCAUGCAAUAAAAUGCAAAUUAUUUACUUAAAAAUCAUGCAAUGUGAUUUUCUGGAUUGUUGUUUUAGAUUCCGUCUCUCACGGUUGAAGUGUACCUAUGAUAAAAAUUACAGACCUCUACAUGCUUUGUAAGUAGGAAAACCUGCAAAAUUGGCAGUGUAUCAAAUACUUGUUCUCCCCACUGUAUAUUGUGUAGUGUUUCCUAAGGAAGCUGCAUAACUGACUAGAUUCUGUUCAUAGUCUUUCCAGUUUUUGAUGAUUUGGCAGAUUUUAGGACAAUUGGUUGGAUAUCCUCAGCUCUCCCUUCGGAUUCUUUUGGUUGGAUGGAGAGAGCCAGUUGGCAGGCCAAAUUCUCCAUGUUUUUCAAUGGCAUACCACAGUAUCAUCCUGGCAUUAGAAGUGUGCUGCGUAUGAACUAUCACAAGUAGCCUAAAGAGUGUAUAUUCAACACUAAAGAACACUGAGUGUACAAAACAUUAAAGGAAAGGUUCACCCAUUUUGAAUGUUAUAUUGUUUUUGUGCAUCUCUGAGUGAUGUUCUAUCGAUUUCUCUGGGUCACUUCAUGUUUUCACGUGUGAGUUAUUGGCAUUUUCAGCAGGCAGAAAUCCGGCCGGUAUUACGUAGCACCGUGAUUUAGUCGUUCUCACUACACUGGAAGUUAAUAGGAAUACGAAUUUUUGAUCGCAAAAACGUCUAUCAUACAUUUCAGAUUUCAAUACUGGCCGAUGUCAUAACUCGGGAGGAUGUCUUCUCUCAAAUGAGCAAUUGAUCAUAUUUUUGCGAUAAACCUACCUCGAAUUUGUAAUUGAAUGGAGGGUCUAGCACAUUUUUCCUAUUUGUCUGGAUGCAUUGCAUGGUGCAGUUGCCAGAGAUCUUAUAGAAAGGAGAUAGGAAUCAAUGAAUGAAGGAACGUAUAACGCCCCACCCAGCAGACUGUCGUCCAAUCGCGUUCACGUUGUCAUGCUGCGUCACGCGGUUGCUAAGCUAAUCGUUACGCAAUCCCUUCUCAAAGUCAGUGUAUAUGUCAAUAAACUAUUUUCCUCGAAAGUACAUAAUGUCACGAUUCCAAAACUAUACGAUAAUUAAUAUCUCACAUGUCAGAAAAUAUUUGUAAUGUUGUACUUCUUGUUGAUGAAAUUUGUGCAAAUGUUGGGUUUUUAGCUAGCGGCCAAUAAACUCCCAUUCACUCCCUGAAGGAGAGAGCUCCUUGCCCCAGAAUCGCCCAGAAUGCAUUGGCAUAGCAUGGGCAACGUUUCCCAUCUCUUCAAAAGUAUAUCUGUCGUUGCGAAUGUCAGACAGAUUGUGGACUCCUAAAUUAAUAGUGCAGUUUGUUUAGGCGAUUUUACAGCUAACUACCUGGUAUUGUCUUUUGGUUAUUGUGUGUAACUACGUUUGCUUGCUAGCCAGCCUAUAGCGAGAUCAUUGCAUUGUGGAUUUUGUAGUCGACUUGACCUGCAACAGAUUUCGACAACGAUUUUCCAUGUUGCUACCAACCUUACUAUAAUGGCAAAAUGAAACAUUUGUUCACAAAAAAAUGCUCACAUAUUACUGUUAUUUAACACUGUAAUUUAAAGGAUAUCUGCUCUUUCCAUGACAGACUCACCAGGUGAAUCCAGGUAAAAGCUAUGUUCCCUUAUUGAUGUCACUUGUUAAAUCCACUACAAUCAGUGUAGAUGAAGGAGAGGAGACAGGUUAAAUAAGGAGUUUUAAGCCUUAAGACAAUUUGAGACAUGAGUGUAUGUGUGCCAUUCAGAGGGUGAAUUGGCAAGACAAAAUAUUUACGUGCCUUUGAAUGGGAUAUAGUAGUAGGUGCCAGGCGCACCGGUUUGUGUCAAGAACGCUGCUGGGUUUCUCACGCUCAACAGUUUCCGUUGUGUAUCAAGAAUGGUCCACUAGCCAAAGGACAUCCAGCCAACUUGACCCAACUGUGGGAUGCAUUGGAGUCAACGUGGGCCGGCAUCCCUGUAGAACGCUUUCGACACCUUGUAGAGUCCAUUCCCCAACGAAUUGAGGCUGUUCUGAGGGCAAAAUGGGAUGGUGCAAGAUCUUCAAGUUGCUCUGUGUCCACAUCAAUAAGGAUCUUUCAUGGUCCAAACACACUAACACAGUUGUGAAGAGGGCACGACAAUGCCUCUUCCUCAGGAGGCUGAAAAGAUUCAGUAUGGGCCCUCAGAUCCUCAAAGUUCUACAGCUGCAGCAUUGAGAGCAUAUUGACUGGCUGCAUCACCGCUUUGUGUGGCACCUGCUUGGGAUCCGACCGCAAGGCGCUACAGAAGGUAGUGCGGUCGGCCCAGUACAUCACAACAAAUUGUCAGACUCCAACCACCCAAGUCAUAGACUGUUCUCUCUGCUACCGCAUGGCUGAUCGGAAAUUUUAGAGGCACUCCUGUUGGCCACAGUGACAAAAUGAAAUUCUACACAUUUUGCCAUGUGGCGGAGAGAGAAUUUUUCAGUUUUAAUGCUAAUUUCCUGCAAUGCGAUCUGAGUGACUCAAACAUUAUAGCAAAAUCAAAUUAUCCUAAAUGCAUAAUUUUGGGAUUUUAGAUUCUCCCUGACUGUAAAGCCUUUAUUUAGGUGAUUGUUGGUUCUAGUCGUUUAAGUUUACCCCGAAAAAUGAUUUUUUUAAAAUAAAGUAAAUUUUCUAUGCAGAAAAAAACCUAAUCUUCAUUAGAAACUUAGAGGGAAAAUCUAAAUAUGCAACAACUAGGAUUUUGGCUUCUGGACAACGAAAUAAAGUUUAUAUGAAAACCAGGAGUGAAAUUCUGAGAAGCUUUUUUGUUUGCUACUGCUAGCUUAGCUGUUAAUAGCUGCUGAGAGCUGCUCCUCUCUCUCUCCCUCUGCUCCACUGCUGCAGCCUGUGUCUGAGUUGCCUAGCAAUGAGUCUCCACUCUGGCUUGCUCAUGGCUCCCUCUGACUAGAGACAGAGCCAUUAGUUGACAUUAAGCAAGCUACUUUCUUACUCUAUACACUCACUAUACUAUUUUCGGCAAAAUAAUAAUUCCGGUCGACUCCGACACUGUUUCCGGUUUUAUGACUGACGAGAUUUGUAAAAUUUGGACACCAAUUUCAUUCUACAAAAUUAUGCAAAUUAACCUAUAGACCGAUAAGUGACUAACCGUUAACAUCCCUAGUCUGCAGCCUUUUAAUUCCGAGGAUGUUGCGUAAUGACCAUACAAACAUGUUAUUAAAUGCGAAAAGAUAGUCCUAUCAUCCUAGUUAUGCACUCACUGACCAAGGAGUCUAUGUAGGCCUACACUGCAUUCACUUAGUGACAGGACACAGAAAUACUAUUUUUGGUCUAUAUUAUGACUAUUUCUUGAUCUGAUAAAGCUAACAGCCACUAGUUAGUACAAAGACAGUAAUGAAUAAGUGACCGCUCUGUACAAGAGGUGAACUCUGUGUAGAUGUACAGUGACCCACAGCUGGACUCCUCACAGCCUACUGUACAAUGCUGAGUAAAUCCUCCAGUUUCUAUAGAGGAGCUGGAGUAGAGGAAGUAGUGGGAGGGUGUUCUAAUGAACUGGCUCUGGUAAUAAGUGCUGACUAUGACUGUAGUGUAGAGAGUUCACUACGAUACUAGCUAGCCGGGUGUGUUCCGUGUGUGUGAGCGAGCAAGGGUUUUGAUUUUAAUAUAGUUCUAUUUAAAGCAGUGUGCGCUAGUUUGUGUAUACAUGCAUUUGUGUUUCUGAAUGAGCUGAGCGAUUUUUGAGCUGUUUUCAGGCUAUCAUCUCUAUACUGUGUCCGUGACCUAUUUCGCUGUCUUUCAGAUGACAGCAGCAACAUGAGCAGCCAGGCCAAGAGAGAGAAGAGGAGGCCCCCCGGGACAGUGGAGUAUACUGUGAGUACAGGCUGCCUCACUACCUCCACCCUCUGACACUACAACUCCCACAUGGGGUUCGGACUCAGACUCUAGCUUAGGAAAGCAAUGUGGACAAUAAACCUCAAGUUUUCUUUUCGUAAUUAAAUAAAAUAGCAAAUAAGUUGCAUGCAAUUCAGGGAUUCAAGGUUUCUGCUUUCUAAUUUUGUAUUUCAUGCUGCAUUUUGCUUUGGAUAGAUUGAUACUUUUGGUAAUAAAUAAUACACAUUUACCAAGGAUGUAACUUCAUGUUACAGGUGGGACCCCAGGAAUCUCUAAACAGCAUUGCUCUGAAGUUCAACAUCAACCCCAACAAACUGGUGCAGCUCAACCGCCUCUUCUCCCGCAGUGUCUAUCCUGGACAGGUGAGCUUUCAGCACAUAACACACCACUUCCUGCUGUCAAUCCUGGAUUUCUGAUUGGCUAACACACCUGUCCGUCACCCUUGCAGAAGCUGUUUGUUCCUGACAUGGGCCAAUCGGAAGCCGACUCUCAGUCUGUGGGUUCUUCUGACCCCACCUCCACCAAUGGCCUAUCAGAGAAGGUGUCACAGGUAAGUCAGUUCUCCUUGUUAAGAAGAACCAGACUAAAGUCAUCAAUUUGAUCCUAGUUCUCUGCUCGUCCAUGUUGCCUGGCAAUGUUACAGGAUGGAGACUCCAGCGGCAGGUCAGUAAGACCGUUACGACGUGAGCGGUCUCCCCUGUCCGAGGACGAGAGCCCCGCCAUAGUCAAGUUCAUCAAGAUGAGCUGCAAGUACUUCACUGACGGAAUGGUGAGUGGCCACGCCGGAGGCCAUUUUGAAAUGAAAACAACCACCACAACAGAGAUUUAAACUCCUGUCUUUUAUUGUGUCUCCCAGGGUGUGGUGGGAGGGGUGAUGAUCGUGACGCCCAACAACAUCAUGUUUGACCCUCACAAGUCGGACCCCCUGGUGAUCGAGCACGGCUGUGAGGAGUACGGCCUGAUCUGCCCCAUGGAGGAGGUGGUGUCUGUGGCCCUCUAUGACGACAUCUCCCGCAUGAAGCUGAAGGACGCGCUGCCGUCGUAAGGACCCACCCUGUCAUCCUGAGACUCUUUCGCGCUGUCAAUUCAUCUUUCACGCCCUAUUUAAACCCUUAUUUUCCCCCUUUCUUGAUCUUAUCUUAACCUUGCUUUUCUUACUUAUUCGUUAUGUGUCGCAUUCUGUCUUCUUGCUCUUUCUACCUCUUCCUGCACUCUUCUCCCUCUCUCCCAUGUUCGUUCUUUCUUCUCCCUCUGAGGUGAAAAGGUUAACUGACUUGCCGAGCUCAUGCUAUAGGGUUUCCUGUUCCAGAUUGUAAGGGCAGACAUGACUCUCAUUCAUUUUUUUUCUUUCGUUUAGCUAGUUCAUUGUUGUUUAGUUACUAUUAUUUGUAGUAUUAUAAUUUUCGCCUUUUGAAUUCCCUUUUAUUUGUGUUCUGUUUUUGAGUUGCAUUUUCAUUUUGUUCAUUUAUGAUUUGUUUAAUUUUCCCAUCCUCCGUUGCGAUGUGCGUGUGGUGCCCCCUGACUCCUGACCCCGCACAGAGACCUACCCCAGGAUCUGUGUCCUCUGUAUAGGCCCGGGGAGUGGGAGGAGCUGCCCUCAGAGAGCGACCUCAACCCCUUCAGCCGCUACGAGGCGCUGGAUCCCAAACGACCCAUCGUCCUGGACGACGUCGACUCUGCCCUGUCAGAGACGGGUAUGACUGAGAGAUAACACACAAUGAUCUGUAUUGGAGCAGGAUGAAUCAUAGAAAAUCAAUAUGAAUCAAAAUAGCUUAUGCUGAAUAUGAAUUGAGCAAUAUUUUGAUCCAUGUGGUCAUUUUAAUAAUACCGCAUGUUUUCUUAUAUCCCAGUCAUAGAAAGGGCAGAGUGUGAGCCAGCAGACCAGUCUCCAUCAGACGAGGGUUUCACAGAGCUGGAGCUUCCCUUGAACGGGAGCGCUGAGGAACCAGUGAGUGGAUCCAGACCGCCUGCCAGUGCUACCAGCCAGGACCAGCAGGGAGAGCUCCCAGGAUCUAGUUCCCCUAAACAGGCAGAGUCCCAGGACCAGUCCCUCUCUGACCCAGUCCCACUGACCUCGCAGAAAGGGGAGGAGGAUGAAGGACUGGUACAGAACAGCUCCAUUGAGGAAACUACAGAAUCACUGCCUGUCCUUUCAGAGACUGAGAAAGACACUGAACUGUUGAAGGAGAAGCCUGCUAGUCUAGCCAUACGCCAAGCCAAAGAUGGGAACUCUACAGGGCAACUGGUGAACAGUGUUAGCAUUAGCGACCAAUCAGAAUCAGAAAUUGACCAAAAUAGGAAGCUGAGCUUGAGUGAGACCGCUGCGGCUUCGGGGAAAUGUAGUUCUCAGGAACCCAGCCCUGCAGAGGAGCUGCAGAACGGACCAAUGGUAGAGGAGGGGCUGAGUGAGGAAGAGAAGCGGAAGAGGAGCAACGAGGCGGAGGUGAAGUCCUGGCUGCUGGAGAGGAUGCAAGCGCCCAUCCAAAGUGAGUGUUCAGAAGCGUUUUGUGCAGUUUCUUGUACUGCAUUGUUUCAAUAUUACAUAUUUUCUCUCUCUCUGCAGACAUGCUGCUCUCCACAGAGGAGAAGAGUAAGACCCCACCCAUGUUCCUCUGCUUCAAGGUGGGCAAGCCCAUGAGGAAAUCCUUCAUCAUUGGCCGGACAUCCAGCCCCGCCCACACGCGAGGAAAGCAGCCGGAGUACUGGUUUGCUGUGCCCCAGGAGAGGUGAGAGGUCAACCAAUGAGAACAGUCACAGCCAGAACCUCUUUAUGAGAACUGUGGUGUAUUCACAAUGAUAUAAACGUUGAAUGAAUGUUCUGAAACAUAAAUGUGUGGUGUGUUUCAGGGUGGACCACCUGUAUGCGUUCUUCGUCCAGUGGUCUCCUGACGUGUACGGUAAGGAGGCCAGAGAGCAGGGCUUUGUGGUUGUAGAGAAGGACGAGCUCAACAUGAUCGAUAACUUCUUCAGUGACCCCAAGUCUUCUCGCAGCUGGGAGGUGAGUUCACAUGGCAUGACCGCACAGAUGAGAGUAUUAUUUUGACUGUGGUGUUAUAUGUUCGCAUUGUAGUCAAGUGUUUUGUAACUGUGGUUGUAUGUGCGUUUUUUUGUGUUUGGAGCAAGCUGUGUUCAAUGGUUUGACCAUGCAUUGAGUUUAGUGUGUUUUGACUGUACGGUUGAGAUGUCUGACCGUACAUGGUUGUGUUCGUAGAUCAUCACCAUCAACGAGGCGAAGCGCAGGCAGAGUUUUGGCAGCUACGAUGGGGAGGAGCCUUUGGCGGAUCUACUGCCCAUGCUCAGUGAUCCCAGCGCUCUGCUACAGGACACACACAUAGAAAAGGUAAACACACACAUGCCAUGACACACAAAACACUUUCAAUCAAGAAAACAUACCAACUGCAACAGUGUGACUUCACCUACACAAACUCAGAAAUACACACUUUCCUGAAUCACGUGUCUUUCUCUCUCCCCACAGCUUGCGUGUCGGCUGCCAGCGCGGGUGCAGGGGUAUCCAUGGCGACUGGCUUACAGUACGGUGGAACACGGGACCAGCCUAAAGACCCUGUACAGGAGCCUAUUAGAGGUGGACAGCCCUGUGCUACUGGUCAUCAAAGACAUGGACAACCAGGUACACACACUGACCAUGGUGCUCAAUUUGUAUUGGACUCUUGAGUUUUAUUCGCUCUCUUUUUCUCUUCCCCCCCCCCAGUUGUUUGGGGGAUACUCCACCCAUCCCUUCAGAGUAAGUGAGCACUGCUACGGCACGGGAGAGACCUUCCUCUUCAGUUUCUGCCCUGAGAUCAAGGUCAGACAUACUCUCAUAUGUAUACUCUUUGUUUUAUCCACAUACCUAUGUUCAAGUUUUAUAAUGAAUGUUUGACCUCUGUCAUUGCUUUGCUGCCUGACUUGCUGUGGAUUGCUUUUCCUGUGCUCAGGUGUACCGCUGGACUGGGGAGAACUCCUACUUUGUGAAAGGCAACAUAGACUCUCUUCAGAUGGGAGGAGGAGGGUGAGUGUAUCUGAAUAUACAGUCCCUUCAGAAAGUAUUCAUACCAUUUGACUUAUUCCACAUUUUGUGUUACAGCCUGUAGUAAAAAUUAUUUUAUCAAUUUUGACAAAUCUCACCCUUCCACACACAAUACUCCAUAAUGACAAAGUGAAAACAUGUUUGUAGAAAUGUUAGCAAAUUUAUUGAAACUGAAAUACAGAAAUAUCUAAUUUACAUAAGUAUUCCCACCCCUGAGUCAGUACAUGUUAGAAUCACCUUUGGCAGUGAGUACAGCUGUGAGUCUUUCUGGGUAAGUCUCCUAAGAGCUUUGCACACCUGGAUUGUACAAUAUUUGCACAUUAUUCUUUUAAAAAAUUAUUCAAGCUCUGGUUUUUACCCAUCUACCAAUAGGUGCCCUUCAUUGCGAGGCAUUGAAAAACCUCCCUGGUCUUUGUGGUUGAAUCUGUGUUUGAAAUUCACUGCUCGACUGAGGGACCUUACCGAUAAUUGUAUGUGUGGGGUAGAGAGAUGAGGUAGUCAUUCAAAAAUCAUGUUAAACACUAUUAUUGCACAAAGUGAGUCCAUGCAACUUAUUAUGUGACUUGUUAAGCAAAUGUUUACUCCUGAACUUAUUUAGGCUUGCCAUAACAAAGGGGUUGAAUACUUAUUGACACAAGACAUUUCAGCUUUUCAUUUUUAAUUAAUUUGUCAAAACAUAAUUCUAGUUUGGCAUUAUGGGGUAUUGUGUGUAGGCCAGUGACACAAAAUCUCAAUUGAAUCAAUUUUAAAUUUGGGCUGUAACACAACAAAAUGUGGAAAAAGUCAAGGGGUGUGAAUACUUUCUGAAGGUACUGUAUGUGGUUGAGCAAUGUGAGACUAUCUUUGUGUGACCUGCUCUCUCGCUCUCGGUUGAAGUCAACUGGUAGUUGUCAUGAGAUUGUCUGACUUUUCCCUGUCUCUCUCCCUCUUUCUCCUUCCCUCCCUUUUCUCUCCCUCGCCCUCUCCCUAGAGGUCAGAUAGGGCUGUGGCUGGAUGCUGACCUGUACCACGGCACCACCUCCAGCUGUGCCACUUUCCACAACCAGCCCCUCUCUACCCAGAAAGACUUCAUCAUCCACAGUGUGGAGGUCUGGGCCUUCGAGUAG